GUGCUCGGCGCCGGCGGGCCAAGAUGGCAGCGUCCUGCGUGGCGCUGCUGGUCCUGGCGCUGCUGCUGUCGGUGCUGCUGCUGGGCCUGUGGAAGCGUGGGCGUCAAACGGGCAGGGCCCGGCACGUGGUCGUCGUGGUGCUGGGCGACGUGGGCCGCAGCCCCCGCAUGCAGUACCACGCGCUGUCAUUGGCCCAGAGCGGCUUUUCGGUGACGCUGCUGGGGUUCUACAACUCCAAACCUCGAGAUGAACUCUUGCAGAGUGAUAGGAUUCAGAUUGUGAAGUUGACGGAUCUGCGGGGUCUGGGAGCUGGGCCCCGGAUUCUCCAGUAUGGAGUCAAAGUUGUAUUUCAGGCAGUGCACUUGCUGUGGAAGAUGAUGCACACAGACCCUGCAGCCUACAUCUUUCUCCAGAACCCCCCAGGUCUGCCUGCUAUUGCCGUCUGCUGGUUUGUGGGCUGCAUUUGUGGGAGCAAACUGGUCAUCGACUGGCACAACUAUGGCUACUCCAUCAUGGGCUUGGUCCAUGGCCCCCGCCACCCCAUUGUGCUGCUGGCCAAAUGGUAUGAGAAGUUCUUUGGGCGCCUGUCCCACCUGAACCUGUGUGUGACCAAUGCUAUGCGGGAGGACCUGGCAGAGAACUGGUGUGUCAGGGCUGUGACGCUCUACGACAAGCCAGCAUCUUUCUUUAAGGAGACACCCCUGGACCUGCAGCACGAACUCUUCAUGAAGCUGAGCCACAAGUACUCUCCUUUCCAGAGCUGCUCAGAGCCCUCAGAUUCUGACAUGGAGAGGUCGGCCUUCACUGAGAGGGAUUGUCAGAGCGGGGUUGUGAGGCGUCUGCGUGGGCGGCCAGCACUGCUCGUGAGCAGCACUAGCUGGACAGAGGACGAGGACUUCUCCAUCCUGCUGCGAGCAUUAGAAAAGUUUGAGCAACAAGCACUCACUGGAGACAGCCUUCCUUCCCUCGUCUGUGUGAUAACAGGAAAGGGACCACUCAGAGAGCACUACCGCCACCUCAUCAGCCAGAAGCACCUUCAGCACGUCCAGUUCUGCACCCCAUGGCUAGAAGCCGAGGACUACCCACUGCUUCUAGGGUCAGCGGAUCUGGGUGUCUGUCUGCACAUGUCCUCCAGUGGUCUGGACCUGCCCAUGAAGGUGGUGGACAUGUUUGGGUGCCACUUGCCUGUGUGUGCCGUGAACUUCAAUUGUCUGCAUGAGCUUGUAAGACAUGGAGAGAACGGUCUGGUCUUCAAGGAUGCCGAGGAGCUGGCAGCUCAGCUGCAGAUGCUUUUCUCAAACUUUCCUGACCCUGCUGGAAAGCUAAGCCAGUUCCGGAAGAAACUGCAGGAGUCAGAGCAGCCACGCUGGGAUGAGAGCUGGCAGCAGACUGUGCUCCCUUUGGUCACUCACAAGUGACCUCCAGGCCAGAGGGUAGGGCCCCAUCCAUCCUGUGGCCACCCUUCCUGCCGGGGCCUUUGAGUGCCCCCUAGUGGUCAUAAGCCAGAGGACAGCAGUGGGCGACAGCUAGGAAGAGAGUGAUCUGGCAGCGCUCUUCUGUUCUGAGCACUUCUGUCACUUCUGGUGUCCCUGCCAACUUCUCAGUCCCUGGGUUUUUGUUUCUGGACUCCUCACAUCCCUUACAUUCCGGUUCUGCUGGGCUGCCGUCAGCUCUGGGAUAGCCUGUGUUCGUUGGGUUUGGCUGAGCAGGGCUGAGUUGUCUGAGACAGUCAUACUUAAUAAAUAUAUAUAUUUAUUUGUACAA